GCCAACAAUCAAUCACUAAUCUUACCUCACCAAACAACCUCACAUACCACUUAAUAAAUAAAAAGGUAAGUUAGUCACUCUCAACAUAAUGCACAAUCAUUUCUUUGAUUGUCUUUUUUAUCAAUAGAAACUCAUUUUAUUGUUUCUAUUAAAAUUAAACUGAGAAAAAAAUUGAAAAAAGGAAAAGAUAAGAUGGAAAAGUUGAGAUUUGGUCUUGUGUUGAUAGUGUUGUGUCUUUCAACAUCACUAGUGAAAGGAGGAGAUCCUAUUUUGACCUUUGAAUGGAAAGUGACUUAUGGUACCAUCUCUCCUCUUGGUGUUCCUCAGCAAGUUAUUUUGAUCAAUGAUAAAUUUCCAGGACCCAUAAUCAAUGGCACAUCCAAUAAUAACAUUGUUGUCAAUGUCUUCAACCAGUUGGAUGAGCCAUUCCUUUUCACAUGGAAUGGCAUCCAACAGAGGAAAAACUCUUGGCAAGAAGGCACCCUUGGCACCAAUUGUCCCAUUCCUCCAGGGAGCAAUUUCACAUACCAUUUCCAGGUCAAGGAUCAAAUUGGAAGCUUUUUUUACUACCCCACCACAGCUUUGCAUCGAGCAGCUGGUGGAUAUGGUGGAAUAAGUGUCCAUAGUCGGGCAUUGAUUCCCAUCCCCUUUGAUAUUAACCCUGCCGAUGAGUUCUUUGUCUUGGUGAGUGAUUGGUACACCAAAAGUCAUACUCAAUUGAGAAAGUUUUUGGACAGUGGGCGCUCGAUGGGAAGGCCUGAUGGAAUAAUCAUCAAUGGAAAAGGUGGAAAAGGCGAUGGAAAAGAUGAGCCACUGUUCUCUAUGACCCCUGGAAAGACAUAUAGGUAUAGGUUUUGUAAUGCUGGUAUGAAGGAUUCCAUCAAUGUUAGAAUCCAAGGGCAUACCAUGAAAUUGGUGGAAAUGGAAGGAUCUCACGUUGUGCAAAACAUGUAUGAUUCACUAGAUAUUCACUUGGGACAAUGCGUCUCUGUCUUAGUGACUGCUGAUAAAGAUCCCAAGGAUUACCUCCUUGUGGCCUCUACGCGAUUCACCAAGGAACCCCACACUGCUACAUCCAUAAUCCGUUACACUAAUGGCAAUGGCCCUGCCUCACCAGAGUUGCCAAAAGCCCCAAUUGGUUGGGCUUGGUCACUCAACCAAUUUCGCUCUUUCCGUUGGAAUUUAACGGCAAGUGCAGCUAGACCUAAUCCACAAGGAUCAUACCACUACGGCCAAAUCAACAUUACACGCACCAUCAAACUUGUGAAUACAGCCGGGACUGUGGACGGAAAGCUCCGAUAUGCCAUCAAUGGUGUCUCACAUGUGAACCCUACAACCCCAAUUAAGUUGGUUGAAUACUAUGGUGUUGAAGAUAAGAUCUUCAAAUAUGACCUUAUGAAGGAUGAAUAUGAACCUCCAGCUGGGAAAGCAGAAGAGAAGAUCACACUCGCACCCAAUGUAGUUAAAGUCACUUACCGUAACUUUGUGGAGAUCAUCUUUGAGAACCAUGAAAAGAGUGUACAAUCUUUUCACUUGGCCGGAUACUCCUUCUUCGCUGUUGCGAUUGAACCUGGAAAAUGGACCCCAGAGAAGAGGAAGAACUACAAUUUGCUUGAUGCAGUAUCCAGGAAUACCAUCCAAGUUUAUCCCAACUCAUGGGCAGCCAUAAUGACCACUCUUGAUAAUGCUGGUCUUUGGAACCUGAGAUCCAACUCAGUGGAAAGACAAUACUUGGGGCAACAACUUUACUUUAGCGCCCUUUCUCCAAAAAGAGAUUUGAAAGAUGAAUAUAACAUGCCAGACAAUGAUGUCUUGUGUGGAAUCAUCAAGGAUAUGCCUCUUCCAAAACCUUAUUCUGUGUAAAUAUUCGUAAUUAUGAUUUCAUAAUAACUUUUUUCUCCUAACUCUGAUGCUUUAUGGCAAAGAAUCUUUCAUGUAGGGUUAAUAUUUUGAGUUAGAGUGAGGAUUUUAGCUUACUCAAAGAAAAGACAAAAAAUUACGAGUAGGAUAUUUAUAUGUGAAAGGGAUCGAAGAGUUGAAACAACUGAAGAGAAAAUUGGCUGGUCUUCUGUCCAAGGGGAAUAUAAAUUCCUUCUUUUUUGUUUUGAAUAGCAUAGGCAAGAAGUUUUUUAUUUGUAACUUAUUGCAUUGAUCAAAUCACUUUUAAAUAAGUGGACAAUGAAUGUUUCUUAUCCUCCUUGGUACUAUUUAUUUUUUCUACCUUUAUCUUCUUUCUACUUUGGUUUCAGCUUUUUAACUGUUUACUUUUAAUAAUUAGGAGUAUUCCAUAAUGAUAUAUCUUUAUUCAUUGUUGAAUACACAAAAGAUAAACAUAAUGCAAUCUGAACUCCAAUAAUCCAAUUCAUAUGGGAAGAGUCAUAAGUAGCCAUUUUUUAUUUUCAGUUCUAGCAUUCCUUAUCCUCUUGAAUUGAUCCACACUUGUGUAUGGGAUCCUUCUCAACAAUUUUCUAGCAAUAAAUUUUGUUAUUAUGUUUCUUUCAUUGAUGACUUUAGCAAAUUUACAUGGUUAUUUCCUAUGAGUUACAAAAAUGAGGCUUAUACCAUAUUUUUGCGCUUUAAAACUCAAGUUGAGAAGUUCUUUGAGCAUCAUAUAUAAGUGAUACAAUCCAAUUAGGGUGGCAAAUACAGAGUCUUGUACAAGUAAAGCUCAACUCUUGGGUUAAUUUUACAUGGGUUGUGAAUGUAGACAUCAAAUAAAAUGCUAGUCCCAAAUAUAUUAACAUCUUCAUACAGGAGAAUAAGAGAUUUCUCAAUAGAAAUUAGAAAUUGAAGUACCGAUUUCGUAGAAAUGACUUACUGCACAUAAUUGUGAAUAUCUAACCCUUCAUGUUCAAUUUAAAUCUUCAUGGGCAUCCUCUUUUAACAGCAUCGCCUGGUAGUGAAAAGACACAAUAACAUCAUCUAUAAAUUAUAGUUCGUGAAAAGCUAUACACAUGUAUGUAUUUAGAACGUUGAAUUUCCAAUGAGGUGGAGAAAGCUGAGAGUUGCUACCUGGAAAAGAAGACAUUCAUCAAUAUGGUUUCUGGAUAUCAUUGGUGCUAAUGUAAAUGGAUAUGAGCAUGUUUUACUGUUGAAAACUAAGAAUAGUAAAAGACACCCGGUUACAAACUGUCCCCAAAGAGAAGUUACUCUAGUGGAUAUAAAGGUUCCACAAAUACGACUACUGGGACUUAAAGGCACAACAUUUUAAACAGAAAGCAUAAAGUCACAUGAUCUUCGUACUAUUUCAAAUAUAAUCCACAAGGUAGUGGUAAGGUCUGCGUACAUUCUACCCUCU